AUGGCAGCCCGGCCGCCGGAAUACACCGGGCAUAUGCCCUCGUCUUUUGACGACCAGGAGCUCUACAAUGAGGGUCCGAUGCAGAAGGUCAAGCGCAAGCUCAAGGAAGAGCCCCUCGUGCCUCUCGGAAUCGGUUUGACCGUCUUCGCCUUCGUCAAUGCCUACCGCGCCCUCCGAAGAGGCGACUCCAGGCAAGCAAACAAGAUGUUCCGCGCCCGUGUCGCCGCUCAGGGAUUCACCGUCAUCGCCAUGGUUGCAGGCAGCAUGUACUACAACAAGGAUCGUGAAAAGUCAAAGGAGUUGCGCAAGCUCAAGGAGGAACGUGAUUCGGAGGAGAAGCGCCAGAGAUGGAUCCACGAGCUCGAGAUCCGCGACGAAGAGGAAAAGGCGAUGAAGGCGGCAAUAAAGCAGAGACAAGCAGAACAAGCAGGAGCCGCUCCUGCUGCUGAGGCACAGACGCAAGGCACCGGAGGGGUUUUGGGCAAAAUGGGAUUGUGGUCCAAGGGUGAAAAGGCUGCGGCAGAGGCUCAAGCAUCUGAGGAGUCCGCGCCUGACAAGAAGAGGAAAGAGAAUCCAAAGAGCUCUCUCGGCGCGCUGGGCGAACUCUACGGAUCCAAGAAGGAUGAUGACUCCAAGAAAUGA